ACUUACUGAACUUUUACUACAUGGUUUUGGUUUAAGUUGGUUAGAUUUAUUUUGUCAAUAUUUUCGUAAUUGUUGUACUGUUGAACAAAUACUUGUAGUUUGCUAAUGCUAUGUUAAUUAUUUUAAAGUGUUGAUUAUUGAUUUGAUACUUAAUUUCAACAAAUGCUUUCACAAAAUCGUUCACUGAUUGUAAACAUGAUCAGAAUAAGUGAAUGAACAAAUAUUUUGUUCGGUUGGUAGGUCUCUUUUUGCCAAGCAGAUUUUCUCUUCCCCAUCCCCAAUUUUCUCUCAUUGCAUCAAAACGUUUUCAUGGAAAUCUAAUCUUGUCAUUUUGGAGGAGAAUGGAGAUACCUGUAAUGGAAGGAUCGGGUGGCAGAUACAGAAGAGGCCGCGGCGGCUCAAUGGGACGACAUCCAAGACGUGGCUCGCAUUAUAGAGCUGGAAGAGGAGGCGGAGGUGGAAGAGGAGGUCGUUAUAGAGAAGAGCAUGAUGAGGGGAGGAGUCAGUCUGGUGAUAGGAGUCCAUCUGAUAGACCGCCCCCUGGACUCAGAGGCAAAGAAAUUGGUCUCUGGUACAAGAAUAAGCAUAGAAGGAUGAAAGCUGAGGGCAAAGAGAUAGUGCGAAAAAAGGACAAGUCUGUGAAAUUGAAACUUGAAAGCUCUCUUUUUGAUAGUAUAAAAGAUUUUGUCAAUUCACUCAAAUCCAAACCUCCACAGCACCUUGUUCAAAAAUACAAAUCGAUGAAGAGAGAAGUGAAAGAGGAACCUAAUGCAAAGGUAAAAAAGGAGAAGAAAGUGAAAGAGGAAAGAGGUAGUAAAAUAAAAGAGGAAAGAGGUAUUAAAAUAAAAGAGGAGCGUUCCGAUUUGGUCGACUAUUCUCGAAACGAAGCGCCGCCUCGAGACAAAUACAGUCAUAUUAAAGAAAGUCGAUUCAAAACUGAUUUCAUUAGAAGUAUAACAGGAAAUAUUGAGGACAAUAUUGAUAACUCUCUAUCCUCUAGAAGUCGUAAUGUGGUAAGGGUGCCACGAAUUGAUGAAGAACUGAAAGCAGAAUUAUCAAGGAAGCGAACCUAUCCCUCAUACCAAAGAAUGAUCAACUUUAGAAGAAAGCUGCCGUCCUUCAAAAUGCAAGAGGAGAUCCUAGAUGUUGUCGACAAGAACCAAGUGAUUGUGAUCAGUGGUGAAACGGGAUGUGGCAAGACGACUCAGGUGGCGCAGUUCAUACUGGACGAUCAAAUAGAACGGGGAAAUGGAUCAAAGUGUCGCAUAAUUUGCACGCAGCCGAGACGCAUCAGUGCAAUAUCAGUGGCCGAGAGAGUCGCUGACGAAAGGGCUGAGAAAAUCGGCGAAAGUGUCGGAUACCAAAUUCGAGUUGAAAAAAUUCUUCCACGUACAAGAGGCUCGAUCUUAUUCUGCACGACCGGUAUCUUACUGAAGUUCAUCGUCUCAGAUCCAGCACUGAGUGAUGUAUCGCAUAUUAUAAUCGAUGAAAUCCAUGAAAGAGACACCAUAUCCGAUUUCGCUAUUACGAUUUUGAAAAGCAUUCUAGAAAAGAGGAGGGAUUUGAAACUCAUACUUAUGAGUGCAACUUUGAAUGCUGAACGCUUCUCAACUUAUUACGAUGAUUGUCCCAAACUGGAAAUACCCGGUUUUACUUUUCCUGUCACAGAAUACUACUUGGAGGAUGUCCUACAAAUGACAAGGUAUAAUCCGAACAAUAGCAAAGACAGAAAAAAAUUCACAAGAAAACCAAAUGCUAGAAAACUGAAAGAAUAUGACGAUUUUAUAAUGCCUUAUAUCAGGCAUAUGCAGUCAACAAAGCAGUAUGAUCGCAAAGUCCUGGACUAUUUGAGAGAUCCGGUAAUCGAAGAAAUUGAUUUGGAUUUGAUUAAAUCGCUUGUAGAGUUCAUAUGCUACCAAGUAAGAAAAGAUGGAGCUAUUUUGAUUUUUCUCCCAGGUUUGGACAAAAUAACAGCAUUGAACAAAAUUCUGACGGAGUCUGGGAAAUUUCCCCCAGGUAAAUUCCUGAUCAUUCCGCUGCAUUCGUUGUUGCCCACUACACAGCAGAAGACAGUAUUUGACAGGCCACCUGCCGGAGUGAGGAAAAUUGUGAUUGCCACAAACAUUGCCGAGACAUCAAUCACAAUCGAUGACAUUGUCUACGUGAUCGAUAGUGGUAAAAUAAAGAUGAAGAAUUUUGAUGUGCAGAAUAACAUCACCACUUUACAAGCGGAAUGGGUGAGCUUGGCCAAUGCACGACAGAGAAGAGGCAGAGCUGGCCGUGUUCAAGAAGGUGUUUGCUAUCACUUGUAUACGAAGCCCAGAGAAAUGAUGUUGGCCGACUAUCAGUUACCAGAAAUGUUGAGGACACGUUUGGAGGAAGUCAUCUUGCAAGCGAAAAUUCUCCAAGUUGGACAUAUCAAACCUUUCCUGCAGAAGGUCCUUGAUCCACCAAAUCCUGCAGCUAUUGAUUUAUCAUUGAAAAUGCUAGUCGAUAUGAAUGCGUUGGAUGACGAUGAGUCUCUCACGCCACUAGGCCAUCAUUUGGCUCAAUUGCCUGUCGAUCCUCAGAUCGGAAAAAUGAUUUUGAUGGCUGCACUUUUCAACUGUGUGGAUCCGAUCUUCUCGGUCGCUGCUAGUCUGGGCUUCAAAGAUGCGUUUGUGGUACCACUGAACAAGGAGAAUGAAGUGAACGUAGUGAGGGACAGUUUUGAUAUGGGCCGAAAAAGUGACCAUUUGCUGAUGGCUGAAGCGUUUAGUCAGUGGGAGAGAGCUGAGCACGACGGAUAUGGCUGGAAAUUUUGCAGCCAAAACUUUUUGAUUCGUAACAUUCUCUUUCUUUUAAGAGAUAUGAAGGAGCAGUUUGCCGGUUACCUGUACGAUAUGAAAUUCCUGCCGUCGAAAGACCAUAAGCAGGAAAUCUCCAACAAAAACUCGAAUGACAUCGGCCUACUCAGGGCUAUCAUCUGUGCUGGCCUGUAUCCUAAUGUCGCCAUCAUCAGAGGAUCAAGAAAAAAAAAUAGAGGAAACCCUAGACAGCGUGGUCCAAAACUGUUCACAGUAGAAGACGGAAAAGUGGAGCUGCAUCCUCGGUCGGUGAAUCAGAGAUGUGAUGCGUUCGAGAGCAACUACCUGAUGUAUCACCUGAAACUGAAAUCGACGGGCAUCUUUGUGCACGACAGCACAAUGGUGCAUCCGUUGCCGCUCUUCUUCUUUGGCCACAGUGUCAAUAUAACCGAAGAGGAUGGUAAGACCGUCUUCGAAUUGUCGCACAGAGUCAGAUUCGCCAUUGAUCCGGAUGCUGCCAAGGUGAUCUUGGACUUACGUAUGAGAUUAGAUUGGAUUCUUGAGCAAAAAAUCUCGAACCCUGGAGUUAUUGAUUGGAACUUAGAUACUGAAGAAGUCCUUGUUUUAGGGUGCAUAGCUCAACUCAUCUCCCAUGAAAACAGUGAUCUAAUGGACGAUGAAUUUGGAGGAGGAUCAGAUUUCUCGGACUCGGAUAUCGAUAACAUCUAAAAUCUUUGAAAAUGUCUAAAUGUGAUUUCAAAUAAUCGUGAGUAAUGAACUGCGAAUACUUGGUUGUCAUCAAUUAUUUAGCUUUUUUAGUCAUUUAAUUUCUAGUAGUAUUGAAAAUGUGGUGUGUGUGUUAAAUAUGAAAAUUUGGUGUUAAAUAUGAAAAUGGUGUUAAACGUGAAAAUGUGGUGUUAAACGUGAGAAUGUAUUGAUGUAUUGUUAAACGUAAAAAUGUAUUUGUAAAUGAUUCUCUAUUUUUUGCGAUCACGUUGUGGAUUGCAAUUAAAAGUAUUUUUCCACGAGUAUACAAAAUUGUCCGCCUUACCGUUUUAGUUAUAUGGCACAAGUUGAACUAUGAAGAUUUGCCUAUGAUAAUGAAAACGUCCCUAUCAUUAUAAUAAGUAUUUCUAUUAAUUAUUUAUUUAUUUAAUAAUCGAGAAGUAGUUUAUCCUUACGACUAGUUUUGUACAUGAUGGAAAUAUAAUUUCUAUAGUAGUAGAUUAUAUACAGUUGUGUGCACAAGUUAAUUGAGAAGAUAAACUACAAAAUGUUUCCAGUAUUCAAUCAUGUUUUUCUUGUUAGGUUAAAAUAAAACAAUUUCUUUUACCGAGAAAAUGCGCUCAAUAUUUAUUAAAUGUUUAUUGUUCGUGAUCGAGCAGAAUUGCCGUGAAUUCUUAUUUUAGAAAGAGGUGAACUAUAUAUGAAUAUUGGUUAUAUUUCAAGUGCAUGCAGGGAUUGGAAUCAAUAACUUGAAACAAGUUUGAAAAUAACAAUUUAAUAGAAAACAUUCCAUCAUACAGCUUCCACAGCUCAUUCAAACAUGGUUAGCUCUUAAAAGGCACUUCAUACAAUAAAUAAAUAAAUAGAUACUGUGUAAAUAACGAUAAUAAAAUUCUACCAACAAAAACAACGAUUAAACAUGAAAUGUAAGUAUUUGAUUAUUUGACUUAGUAUAUUUAUUAUUUUGAUUUUUCUAAAGCUCGAAGUUUUGGUUUUGAUUUUUAUAUUUCUUAUCAGAUGGAAAACUCAUUUGGUUUUCGUUGUCAUUUUUCAAGUCUUUUGAUUUCAUUUUAUAAUUAUUAUUUUGUGAAUAUUCUCUAUUUGUUUGAUUUCAUUGUAGAUUGCAAUCUUAUUAGAAUGGGAUUUUCUAAGAAUAUACAGUUGUUGUUGUCUUCUA